CUUAAAUUCUUUAUCUUCUCAUUCAUGGGUUCUUUUUUGUUUUUUGUUUGUUUAAAAAAAAAAUAUUAGCAAUAUAAUGGUUGCUGUUUUUCGUUUUCUGGGUAAAGCUUUUGAAUUUUCUGCAUGAAAGAGUCUUUUGUUUCCCCUUUGGUUUCACACUUAGAUCUGUACUUUUGUUUGGCUGUCUAAAUUUUGGUUUUUUUUCUAAAAAAGAUGUUUGAAGCUCAAAGUUCCAUUCUUUUUGUGUGAUCUGUAGGAAGAGAGCUUCAAAAGGGUAACUUUGUUUCUUGAUUUAUUUUCAUGGGGGUUUGCUUCAGCACUCAAAUUAAAGCUGAGAGCCCCUUCAACACAGCCCUUUCUGGUAUUUCAAUAAAUCAUGAAAGAAAAGGACAAAUAUAUCUGUUGGGUUCUGGGAAACUCCAUCUGACCUGAAUGAUCAGCUUAAUUGGUUGAGUUCAAAGUGUAUUAGCACAGAUGGAAAUGAUCUUAGUACAGGCAGCAAGGUUUCAUCAUUUUCAGUGCCACCAACUCCUCGGAGUGAAGGCGAGAUCUUGCAGUCUUCCAAUCUGAAGAACUUCAAUUUUUCUGAUCUCAGGAUGGCCACCAGAAAUUUCCGUCCUGAUAGUGUAUUAGGAGAAGGUGGUUUUGGUUCAGUUUUUAAGGGAUGGAUUGAUGAGAAUUCAUUUGCUGCUACCAAGCCUGGAACUGGAGUGGUAAUUGCUGUGAAAAGGCUCAACCAAGAGGGUUUCCAAGGUCACAAGGAGUGGUUGGCUGAAGUAAAUUAUCUAGGGCAAUUUUCUCAUCCUAAUCUUGUGAAGCUGAUUGGUUAUUGCUUAGAGGAUGAACACCGGCUUUUGGUGUAUGAGUUCAUGCCUCGGGGCAGCUUGGAAAAUCAUUUAUUUAGGAGAGGAUCUUACUUCCAACCUCUUUCUUGGAAUCUCCGCUUGAAAGUUGCUCUUGGUGCUGCAAAAGGGCUUGCAUUUCUUCAUAGUGCUGAAAAUAAAGUUAUAUAUCGGGACUUCAAGACGUCCAAUAUUCUACUUGAUUCUAACUACAAUGCAAAGCUCUCUGAUUUUGGGUUGGCCAAGGAUGGCCCAACAGGUGAUAAAAGUCAUGUCUCUACUAGGGUUAUGGGUACCUAUGGAUAUGCAGCUCCGGAAUAUCUAGCCACAGGUCAUUUAACUGCCAGGAGUGAUGUCUAUAGCUUUGGAGUUGUUUUGUUAGAAAUGUUGUCUGGCAGGAGAGCAAUUGAUAAAAAUCGGCCAUCUGGAGAACACAAUCUUGUGGAAUGGGCUAAGCCCUACCUGGCAAACAAAAGAAAGAUUUUUCGCAUACUAGACAAUCGUCUUGAAGGCCAAUAUCCAAUGGAAGUUGCCUACAAGGCAGCUACUCUUACAUUACGUUGCAUAUCCACAGAACCCAAGUUCCGGCCAAACAUGGACGAGAUUGUGACAUCGUUGGAGCAACUCCAGGAUUCUAAGGGAACUGAAAGCAAUAAUACCAAUUCGAAUAAUGUGCGCAGGAUUCGUAGACGAAGUGCUGAUGAUGCUUGUAAUGGUGGAAGGAAUGUAGUUACUUAUCCUCGACCCUCGCCUUCCCCGCUUUAUGCUUGAAAUGGAGUAAAGGAACAUAAUUAAAGCUGUAUCUCUUUAUAGCUCAAAACAACACAAGACAACACGGGCGGGUUGGAAACUAUUUUGGUAAAUUGGGCAUUCAAGGAAUAGUUAUCUGACGACUGUACAGUUCAUGAUUCAGCUAAUGUAUUCGAAAUCAACCUUCCACGGACUAAAUUCCAGGUCCGCCUGUAACACAAGCUCGCGUGUUGCAUAUUCUUAGAUCUACUGAAAUGCAACACUUGAAGCAGUUAAAUGAUGGAUGCAAGUGCUGUUUUGUAUGACUAGUCGGUCCUUUUUUUUGUUUUCUUCUUGCAGCCUGGCUUGUUGUAUUUGAUAUAAAUUUCAAUAUAUAUAUAUAUAUUUUUGUUGUUCUUGUACUCA